ACGUGGAACGUAAUCAGAACUGAGGUCUAGCUAUCACGAAGCGCUUUCACUCAGCUAUCGGUUAGCCACACAGUGUUAACUGUUAUUUUCAUCCCUAUCGCAAAUUAGCUUUCGUGGAUUGUCAGGUGCCCCUGUGUACAAUUUUUUUCUUUUUGUGGUGAACUUUGAACAGACUUGUGAAGUGUAUUGGAAAAACUUACAGCCGGCUUUGAAGAACUGUACAACAUUGACUGUCAACACCCUCAGAGGUAACGCUCGAAGUGACAACAUGAAACAGCACUCUGUUUAGCCAACUGGACCAUUUUUCCCGAAGAGGCAAGAUGCAGAUCUCGUUCUGGCAUCUGUGUUCCAUUAUGGUUCUACAUGUCGUCAACGAAGUUUUGACCUGUUCACUUUCGUGUACAUGCAAGUGGAAAAACGGAAAACGAACUGCGGAAUGUUCGAAUAAAACUCUGACUGCAAUUCCGGAAACUAUUGAUCCGGAUACGCAAGUUUUGGACUUUUCCGACAACAAUUUAGGCGAACUGACCAAGGAACUAUUCGUGAAGAAACAGCUGGUCAAUUUGCAACGGCUCUAUUUAUCAAAGUGCCGCAUCAACACUGUUCACACAGAUACGUUCAAAGGUUUGACGAAUUUGGUCGAAAUGGAUCUUUCGAGUAAUUUUCUGGAAAGCGUUCCCACGUUGGCGUUUUCGAAUUGCCCGUCUUUGAUGAAGCUCACCCUCAGUUCGAAUCCGAUUAAGGACGUGAAGAGGCUGGCUUUCAAUCAUCUGUCUUAUCUUAACACUUUGGAGCUUAGCGGCUGCGAGAUUGCAGAUAUCGAGGAAGGUGCAUUUCAAGGGCUUCACAGUUUAGAGUGGCUACACCUUUCUUCAAACAAACUAAAAACAAUUCAUAGUCCACAAACUUUACCAAAAACCCUGAAAGGCAUUGAGCUUCAAAAAAACUUUUGGACUUGUGACUGCCAUAUUCAAGAAUUUAGAGACUGGCUCUCAUCCUUCCAAGUGACGCUAUCUCAUGAUCCUGAAUGUCAUGCACCUUUAAGAUUGAAGAACAAUCUGGUGAAAAAUAUACCCAAAGAAGAGCUGGCUUGUCUACCCGAGGUGCAACCCACUACACUCUACUUGGAGCUAACAGAAGGAAAAAAUGUGUCGUUGCUUUGCCAUAUCCAUGCUGUUCCUGAAGCUGCUGUGUCUUGGUGGUUUGAUGGACAGCUUUUGCAAAACAAUACCAGCAUAGCUCCAGGAAUGCGUUUAAUUUACUUCAUCGAGGAGGGCAGUGAAAAUAAGAAGAGCGAACUAUUCAUCAGCAACGCCAAUGUUGAAGAUAAUGGCACUUAUGUGUGUCAUGCGGAAAAUGCCGCUGGAAGUGCCCAAUCGAACUUCACCAUUAAAAUAGUGCUGAAAGAAGAACCCAUAGUGAUCAUAGUGUCGUUUCCGAUCGAAUAUUUAAUGUUCGCUGUGAUCGGUGUUGCGGUGAUUCUCAUUCUAGUGCUCUUCAUAGUGAUUGCUUGUCUGAUCAGGUGCCACAAGAAAAAGAAGCGGCAGUUGAAGCGGAACCAGACCAAGGAGGUUUCAUUGCAUCUCCAACAAAACCAGAACGGAACCAAUACGGAAAAAACUUGGGCAAAAUCAAUAUCCUCAUCCCCUCUGGAUCAACAAAUGAAGCAAAAUUUGACACCGUCUACUCAAACCACAACAUGCACUGCCGAAGCUGAAGAAGUGGUACUGUUUGGAAUCAGGGCCUGUGAAGAUCAAUAUGCCAACCAUUUAUCACCUAUUAGAAGUAGUAGAAAUCAAGCUGUUAGUCCCAUUUCUUUGAGAAGAUAUCAGCUAGAACAAAAUCCGGACCUAAUCAAUGGGACUGAAAGUAUAGGAUGCCGACGAGCCGGAGAUGGGGAAGAUGUUCGUCAAAUGAAAGAAGAAAAUUUAUCAAUGCCAUCCGGUGUAACUUGCAUUCGGAAUCCUGGGGAGUUUUAUGCAGGCGACCAAGGAACUUUAGGAAUUCGUCACGUAGUGGACGCCCAAGGCUACCCAAUCGACUACGGCCUGCCUAAAAUGCCUUGCAGGUCUUCUUGCAGCAACGAGUCUUAUUAUCGGACUCUUCCUUGUAAUCGGAUGAAACGGCAUUCGGCUGCUAAUCCACUCAAAAGAUAUUCCAGAGAAGUGGAAUUUCUUUCCCGUAGUAUCGACACUCCUUAUGACCAUUAUCACACCACAGACAUUCGAUACACAGCGGAUGGGUAUCCAGUGCCACGCCAAUUAAUUCCGCCUCAAGCCUCAUCGCCUUCAUCAGUUCCCUGUUGUUCACUGAACUGGCCGCCUUGCCUGCCUCCAAAUCCUCAAAAUCUACCUCAGAGUGUCUCAAAAAAGUGCGCCAGUGCACAAACGGACACUGAAGACGAGUGUGAUAGCAUUAGUGUUAGUGUACCAAAAAGUGAUAACGUUAAUGCAAACGCGCCAAAUGAAAACGCCAACGACCUUUUAACUGAGAGUCCCGAUGAGGGCUACGAGGGUGAACCGAGCGUGAUAUAGACUCUUCAUACAUCAAAGCGGAAUUUGUGAUGAAUUUAAGUGACGUUGGUGGUAAGAACUGCAAUUUGUAAGGUGGAAUCAGCGGAGAUACAAAUCAAUUAACUUCAUGUAGUUUUUAACAUUUUCAGUUUUAACAUGAACAGAACGAACUUGUUGCCCAGAGUUACUGGCUUCAGACGGAAGUUUGAAUUUCAUAUACGCAGUUUCCUACUGAAACAUAAAAUAAUCGAAAAUGUAAAAUAACAAAAACAACAAAUUUCAUUGGCCUGUUUUGCAAAUUUAGAAUGUAAAAACACACAAAGUGAAACUAUUUUCCUUAAAAUGUGUAUUAAAUAAAUUAAUCGGGUCUCACAUAAAUUGGUCCCAACUCACAAAGAAAACCGUUGAAAACUUUCAAUAGUAAAACGCUGAAAUGGAGUUCGAUGAUGCAUCAUAAUGCACAUUUAAAUUGAAAUCUUAUGACUUCGUUAACGCAUGGACAGUCUAAGCUAACUGUUUGCAUUUAAUUAAAUCCAUGCAAUAUUCAAACAACACCAAUCGCUUUAUGCCGGGACAUUUGAACUCAUGUCCACUCAAGUGUUUGGUAAAUCGGAGCACAGUGAAUUGAGCACGCGGAUUUGGAUGUUGAAUAACCAGGACGAAAUUUGACGAAAGAAAAAAUUAAUUCCUCAAAUUUUUCAGUCGUCAGAAAACGAAAAUGUGUACAUAAAUCACAGAAAACAAAUUUUAUCUCAUAAUAACGCGAAAAAACAUUAACCAAUCCCCUUUGGUUAUUUAGUGAUCGUAAACUUUUCAAACUGCCAUAACAGAAAUACCCAUUGGAUUCCUUUGAUGUGAGAUUAUCAACUUGUGUUAGAAGAACGUAAAAAACAGCAAUAAGCUCGAGGAAAACAAUAGGCGUCUUAUAAGAUGAAUAACUGAAAAUGUUAUUUUGAAGACAUCUACAAGAACGCGAAAUAAAACAAUUUAGUAUUAAAGAUGCAAGUUGAUUCUUUGUGAAAACAUCUCAUCCUUUCAUAUAUUUGAAGCCUUAGCUCUCUGCUGUCUUUUAGUAUCUCUGUUAGUCUCUUAUUCAUUCUUUUUCGGUUUGUAUAUUUAAAACUGAUGGAUAAAUAAGCAGGAAGGAAGCCUAGAGAACUGAAUUUUCCUUUGGAGAUCUGAAACCAACAAGGAAGUUGCAGCACUCUAAUCCCGCAUGGAUUUCAGAACGGCGCUUUGUUAAAUUGUAUCCCGAGGGAUCGUAUUUUAUUUCGCUUUGUCCCAGGUUUACUAUGAAAAAACUGCUGAAACUUAAAAACGGCAACUCCCUGCACAACUAAAUUAAAAUUGAAUGUAAUAUACAUUUUGUAUGUAAUAAAAUGAACAGGGUCAUAUAUGUACUCGUAUACUGUGUAAUAGAUAGAAAAGUGUACAUACUGACUUACUUUUGUAAAAAUCAUUAGGCAACCACUCAAUAUACUUACAGUUUUUCUUCACUGGUAUCUACGGUUUAUCUGAGCCAGCACUAAAAGUCCUACAUUCCUCUCAUGCGAAUAGACCCAGAGCAAUAAACGAUAAUAGAUCAAAGUUAAGUGAAAACCGUAGGUUUGUACAUUAUUUAGAAAAUAUGUUAUCGGUAGUUAUCUAACAUUUAGAAACUAAAUGUAUAUCGCACACGUAAAUGUUAGUAGGUCAGUCUAGAUACUUGUUAUACAAAGUCUCGGUACUAGCGAAACUAUUAGAAAAUUUGUUUUCUAUAGUUUAAGUUUUCAGUGUUAUUAGGUUUUACAAUAAAGUGUAUUUUGUACAAGA